CAGUGCUCCAUCUGCCACUGGUACCCGCUCAACAAGAAACACACGUUCAAGACCAUCGUCGUGCCCGCGUCGCGCGCCUUCGUCGAGUUCCUCGGCAGCGACGGCCCCAUGGUCAUUCCGGAGACGGCCAAGGGCGCGCGCGUCGCGAGCCGGGGCCGCACGGCCGUCGACGACGACUGCGAGCUCAGCGACGACGAGUCGGCGCCGGCGCCGCGGUUCCCCGACGACGAGGCGGCCGUCGACGCGGCGAUCGCCGAGCUCGGCGGCGUCGCGUUCUGCAAGCUCAACUGGUCCGCGCCGCGCGACGCGGCCUGGCUCACGGGCGGGCGGUUGCAGUGCGAGUGCGCGGGCGACGUCUUCGCGCUGCUCGCGGCGUCGGAGUUCGCGCGCCACGACGUC